AGCAGACCGGGGAACACGCCCUAGUGUUGCCUACCUGUGUGAAGCUUUAACUUCAGCUGAAUGCCCUCAAACUGCGGCCACUAACUGGCAAAGUUAACCGCAUUUCUGAACAUUUCGCCUCAGCUUCUAGUUUGUUCCGCCCUCGGUUUGGUCAGUUUUUCGUUUCCACAGCUUCUCUCCCAGCCAGAAACUCUCCGAGCCGCCGAGAGAGAAAAGUCAACUAUGUUUCACACGGUUGAGUAGAGCCGCAGUAGCCGGGCUGGUGCACCGCAGCUCGGCGGCGAACUGUAACCUGCGGCGGCGGAGUUGACGCGGACGGAGACGUUGAAACACUCCCAGCCUCGGAAAACAACCAAAAAGUGCCUCUGGUUUACAUGACAGCUACAGAGAGGAUAUCGAUGGCGACACUCGUCAGCAACUCUCAGAUGAAAGACGUGGGCUUGAUGAAGUGUAUGAUGUCAGUAAACUGUUGAUGUUUCCUCGCCGGGCGCCCCCAGGGUCGCUUUCAAGCCUGACUGCCGGCAGCUCACCACCUCCGUCGGCCUCCUGAGCGAGCCGAUCGAUCACCUCGAGCUCAACAAGAUAGCGCACAAGGUUCCGCUGCGUCCGCCAGCGGUCGAGCAGAGCCGAGCCCUGCUGCCUCAGCGGGACUGUAUCACCAUGGAUACCGAGUCCACAUACUCGGGCUAUUCCUACUAUUCUGGACGCUCCCGGGGGUCCCACAGGCAUGGUGAGCGAAGCCGGGACCGCCACAAGUCACGCAGCAAAGACAGCCGCUCAGAAAAGUCCGUAACAAUCAACACGCCGCCUGCCGAGCCGCUGCUCGGUGAUUCUGCCGUUCGAGGGGAGCAGGUCCAGGAUGACAACUGGGGCGAGACGACCACAGCCGUCACAGGCACGUCGGAGCACAGCCUCUCUCAGGAGGACAUCGUCCGCAUCACCAAGGACCUGGAGGACAGCGUGGGGCUCGACUGCCGCCGUUACUUUACCCGGACGCUGGCCGUGAUCCUCGGCCUGCUGGUGUUUCUCACGCCGCUGGCCUUCCUGGUGCUCCCCCACCUUCUCUGGCCGGAGAAGCUGCAGAGCUGCGGGACGGCCUGCGAGGGCCUCUUCAUCUCCGUGGCCUUCAAGCUGCUCAUCCUGCUGCUGGCAGUCUGGGCGCUCUUCUUCAGGCCGGCGCGGGCAGGGCUCCCGCGGGUCUUUGUGUUCCGGGCGUUGCUCGCCGUGCUGGUGCUGCUCUUUGUGGUCUCCUAUUGGCUCUUUUAUGGAGUCAGGAUACUGGACUCACAGGAUGAGAACUACCAGGGCAUUGUGCAGUAUGCCGUCUCGCUGGUGGACGCUCUGCUCUUCAUCCACUACCUGGCCAUCGUCCUGCUGGAGCUCCGGCAGCUUCAGCCGUGUUUCUCUGUGUGCGUCACGCGCUCUACCGACGGCGAGACGAGGCAUUACAACCUGGGACAGCUCAGUAUUCAGCGGGCAGCUCUGGCCAUCAUAGAGCACUACUACUGUGAUUUUCCAGUCCACAACCCGGCGCUGCUUUCCGCCUCCAAGUCCCGCGCUGCCAAACACCUGGCUGGCCUUAAGGUCUACAACGUGGAUGGUGAGUUCCCAGCAGCCCCGGCUGAGGGUCCAGGGAACAACGCAGCAGCAGGACUCGCCCACUCCCAGUCCAGAGCCAUGAUCGCAGCUGCAGCCCGCCGCCGAGACACGAGCCACAACGAGCUUUACUACGAAGAGGCUGAGCACGAGAGGCGAGUCCGCAAACGCAAAGCACGCCUGGUGGUGGCAGUAGAGGAGGCCUUUACCCACAUCAAGCGAAUGCAGGAGGAGGAGCAGAAAAAGGCUCCAGGGGACGUGAUGGACCCCCGAGAGGCAGCACAAGCCAUCUUCCCCUCCAUGGCUCGGGCCCUGCAGAAGUACCUGAGGACCACCAAGCAGCAGCACUGCCACAGCAUGGAGAGCAUCCAGCAGCACCUGGCCUUCUGCAUCACCAACAACAUGACGCCCAAGGCGUUCCUGGAGAGCUACCUGACCCCGGGGCCGACCCUGCAGUACAGCCGGGACCACUGGCUGGCCCGUCAGUGGACGCUCAUCAGUGAAGCGUCCGUCACCAGCGGCCUGAAAGACGGCAGCAUCUUCCUGCUCAAAUGUGUGGACUUCAGCCUGGUGGUGACGUCCAAGAAGAUCCCCUACAUCCAGAUGUCUGAGGAGUACAUCGACCCCAAAUCACACAAGUUUGUCCUGCGGCUACAGUCCGAAACCUCCGUGUAGGACAACAGAUGUCUUUUUUUAAAAUUCCUCACCCUAUUGCGUUGCUCUCAAAUGUUUUCAUUUUGGGUUUGCAGUUUUUAUUUUUACUUCUUUGGAUUUUUUUUUAUAUAUUAUUAUAUGAAUCUAUAUACUACACACGUCUGAAUAUAUUGAUCUUUUAAUGUUUGAUUUGGAUGAAAAGAAGAAUAGUCGAAGCCUCGGAUGUGGUUGUGUGCACAUAUGUGUGAGUGUAUGGGUGUGUGUGUGUGUGUCAUUUUGUGUCAUCGCAAUCACUCGUUCCCUUUGUGUUUGAGACGAUGGAGCCAAACAAGAUGGGAACAAGAAACUUUUUUAGGUUUCUGACGCCCUCACAGGGACUCCAUGGUGUCUGUGUGGAGUUUCCACAGGACGGACAGACAGACAGACAAACAGACAAACCACUAAGGACUGCCAUGGUGUGACUCCAAGUUUGAUAUUUAAAGCCUGAUGGAAGCUAUGUUGCCUGUACUGUCAUCUCCUUGACAACAUUUGGAAGUACUUGGAUGCUUUUGGACGUCGUCUCAUGAAAAUCAAAUUAAAUGCAUUGACAAAAAACAUGAAACAACUUCAAUCAGAUGUUGCAUCAAAAGCACCUUUGAGUGUAGAAAGGAAAGAAAUGCCUAGAAGUGUGGGAACAGGAUCUCAGCUUGCUCUGAAAGAAUGUGGGACAGUUUUCUCCUCAUCACUAUUUCAGGACGUCUGCAAACUCCUCCAGACAGACUCUCCUCCUGACAGUUGAGAUGUCACCCUCCACCACGUCCGGUCUGUGGCCGACAGUAGCACCUGCGGGUGCUAAUUUUAGCUGCCAAAUUGGGACAUUUUGAGUUGCAGGAUUCUUCUCCAGGUGCAAUGGAGCAAAAUCUGCGAUAUUUCCACUCCAGUUGGGAACAACAUGAGCAUGCGAUGUUAACCACCAGGAUGAACUCGUAACGUACCGAAUAAGAGACAUGCAGAGAUGGAGACAUGGCCAAGAGCAUUUGCCCUGCAUCACCGGCUCAGUAACCUUCUCAGGGCUUCCGUGUCGGACUGGAUGGGAAGGGAAGGCAGCGGGGGAGACGUCAUGCCAGAGAAUAGAAGUACUACUGAUUUCUCCACAAGAGUUCCUCCAUUUUUUUGUUAAAACAGCAGCAAAUCCAAAGUAGCUCUGAAGUGGAGAUGAAAACGGUAAUUUUAGUAUAAUGUCCCAUUUUCACGGCACUAACCCACUCUUCUGUUUUUCUAACAGUUUCAUACUUUGGUUCAUUCUGAUCGUUCACUCUUUGCUGUACUCCUGAUCAACAUUAAGCUGCUGUCUACGAAAGUCCACACUUCUGAUGUCAUUUUUUCACAUUAAAAGGCUACUUUUAAA